UGGUUUUGAAUUUCGAAAACAAAGGAAAAAAAAAAGGGGGGGGCACUUUUUAGUAUGUAUUUUGAUCUGAUUUUCCGAGCUGUCUAGACAGAGAUUUUUGAGAAAAUUCUGAAACUUCUUCCUUGAAUUGUUCUUUUUUUUGGUCGAAAACUUUGGCUAGGCUCUUGGGUUUGUUCCUCCUUCUCUUUGACUCCAAAAGCCUGCGAGAUUUUGGGUAUCCUUUUUCAACUUUGGUUCUUGUGGUUUCAUUUAGAUUCUUCUCUAUUGUUGUUAUUAAUUAUGCUUCGAUGUCUUGGUUUCAAAUUCUUGUUUGUUGGAAUACAAAGAUUUUCUGAAUUUUCUGUAUCUGGGUUUGCUUCAGGAUUUUCUCAGUGUGUUUGUUCUUCAUAGCAAGAACAACCCAAUCAGAACUUGGGUUUGUCUCUGAAUCUUUGUUCGUGUUUGUUCAGGAAAAUUCUUGAUAUCCUGUAAAAGAUUGAAGAUUUGGCCUUUUGAUCACCAAGUGUUUUGUUUCUUUGUUUGUGUGAAAAUUAUCUUGAGAAAAAAGGGAACUGUUAUUUUGGAUUUGUUAGUAGAUGGAAGGUGAAAAGAAUGUCUCAAGAAGAACGUAGCCAAAAGUGCAGCACUAGUGCUGGCAGUGUUGGUGGGGGAGGGAUUGGAAAUUUUGGCAGAUCUUUCAAAAGGCAGAAGCCUAAGAAAGUCCCACAAAGAGGGCUUGGUGUGGCACAGCUUGAGAAAAUUAGACUAGAAGAACAACAGAAGAAAGAUGGGGUUGUAGCUGCUGCAGCUGCAAUUCUGCCAUCUCCAUCUCCCACAACCAUUUCACCAUCCCAGAAAUCUUCAUACCUCUCCAUGCCAAUUCCGGCCUUCCAUCAUCCCCCAAAUCAAUCUUCUUCCACUCCUUCAAUACCAUUUCCUGGCAGUCAUGCUCCAGUAAAUUCAAUCUUUAGACCUGACCCAUCUGCUGAAGACAUUGAUAUUCCAUUACCAUAUAGUCCUCUAGGAUGGCCACCUGGUGCAGUUCCAGGCCAUGGAAAUGUUAAUGUUCAGAAGUUCUGGAGUGUUCGUGAGUAUGAUCUUGAAAAAGAGAAUUCUGGGGUGGAUCCAGGAUUAGCAUUUAAAGCAAACUUCCGUUUGCCUUAUGAAUCAGAACCAAUUUGGCCUCCGCCUAAUUUGAUGCAUAGAGCACAACAAUACAAGCAACAUUCUUCUGCAGUGGUGAAUGCAUCAUCAACUUCAACACCGUCCCUCCUGAAUAUUCAAAUGGAGCCCCCUUCAAACCAAAACUUCUAUGGAAAUUGUACAAUUUUCUGGUCUCGAGAGGAGAAGACGGCUGGAAAGAAUAGGCCAUAUUCCUUCCCUCUAGACAAUCCAGUAGCCCCCUCUGUCCACUACAACUAUGCUCCUAUUACUCAUCCCAUCAACAGAUCAGAUGAACAAGCUUCAAGUGGAAAUGGACAGACAAUGAAUUUUGGUUCCAUCAAUCCCAUUUUCAGAGAAGAACCCCCACGUUCAACCUCUAAUUUGGAACUAAAUUCAAAGAAGAGCUUCAAAGAGAAUGAGGUUUUCAAUGGAGAUUUUCUCACAUUAGCCCCUCCAUCUUCCACUUCAAUGUCUCCAAGCUUAAAAUCCAAGCAUCCUCCACCUAAUUUACCCUUCUACAAUUUCGAAUUCCCGGAUUUUGAAUCACUUCCUUACCAACAAGGAUGCAUGGAAGAUUCAAGUAUACGGCAAGGACUGGCCGGCGGAUUGAAUCCACAGCGGCCAUACUAUAGUUUCUUCCCGUCAUCAAUGGUGCAAAUUGGGCAAGCAUCCACUUUUAAUGGUGGAGGAGAAGUAGGGGAAAGUGUUGAUCUCAAUUUGAAGUUAUAAUUAGUCCUUGCAUAUAGCACAUUUUUUUGUGCUCAUUUCUCUUGUAUCUUUCAGGGACAAGCCGUUCAUUAAUAAAGAGACUCACAUGUA